AUGGCAUCAAAGGAGGGUGCAAUCACUGGUACGCCCGACGCAGAAAUCACGCGCCGGACAUCUCUAUCUUCUGUUGGCCUAAAUGGAUGUGGCGACCGUGAAAGCCAGAGCUUCCUCAGGCCAUCCGAAGAGCGCCAGCGGUCUCGUCAGUGGCAAAGGCCACAUCAAUUGUCCAACCGUUUCGCAUUUCAUUUCAUCCUCCUCAUUGCCAACCUUGUGCUAUUCGGCUUUGCUGUAUAUGUCAACAGCAGGCCGCCCAACACCGGCACACUUGGCUCUCACUCUGCUGCUUCCAUAUUCCGAGAUGCAAUCCAGUUUGAGGAUCGUUACUUCAAUGUGCGGUCAAUCUACACGUCGAAUGGUUCUGUGAACACAAGAAAGUCCGACGUCGCUUUCUCAGGGCCGCCUCGUCUUGAGCUGGAGGAGGCCUGGGCUAAGAUCCUAGCGUACCAAAACUUUCGGGUGCAGGAGCAUGAGCUCGGCGAGUACAAAGGUCAAAAGAGCAUCAUCCAGCUCAGCGACGGCAGCGGGUUUUACAUGACGGUUGCAGUGCAACAUGCACUCCACUGCGUUCAGAGGCUUCAUCAUUAUCUCUACAAAGACCACUAUUAUUCUGGAUUCUCCGACAACGAUACCUUUGCGUUGAGACAGCAUACUGAACACUGCUUGGACUGGCUGCGGCACUUUCCCGGACCUGUCUCUAAAGACUGGGGACACCACCGCUGUGUCGCUUGGGAGCCAAUUGUGGAGGUCCUGGCAUCUCGUGCUUUUGAUCCCUUUGAGCCUGGCCUGCUUGUUCAUCCGUACUUUGGGGAUCCCUACGCAGGCCCUUCCGGUGCGCAAACGGGAGCUGCCAUUUCUCAGCACGGGGAUGGUUUAAUUGGCGGCGACCAUGGACCUGAUAUCUAG